AUGCAGGGGCGACCUGGACCAGUUGGAAUUCAAGGUCCAACAGGUCCUCAAGGAUUUGCUGGCCCUGUUGGUUUAGCAGGGUUGAAAGGAGAAAGGGGCUCCCCAGGCCCUCUGGGACCAUAUGGACCAAAAGGAGAUAAGGGUCCCCUGGGAGUUCCUGGCUUUCUUGGCAUCAAUGGGAUUCCGGGCCACCCUGGACAGCCAGGCCCCAGAGGUCCACCUGGCCUGGAUGGCUGUAAUGGAACUCAAGGAGCUGUUGGUUUUCCAGGCCCUGAUGGCUAUCCUGGGCUUCUCGGGCCACCCGGUCUUCCUGGUCAGAAAGGUUCUAAAGGUGAAUCUGUCUUUGCUCCAGGUAGUUUCAAAGGAAUGAAGGGGGAUCCUGGCCUGCCCGGACUGGAUGGAAUCACUGGCCCACAAGGAGCACCUGGAUCUCCUGGAGCUGUAGGACCCAUAGGAACACCAGGAUUGCAAGGUCCUCCAGGCCCCCCUGGUUUCCCCGGUCCUGAUGGGAAUAUGGGGUUAGGUUUCCAAGGAGAAAAAGGAGUCAAGGGGGAUGUUGGACCCCCUGGCCCUCCAGGACCUCCACCAUCUACUGGGGAACUCGAAUUCAUGGGAUUUCCCAAAGGAAAGAAAGGAUCCAAGGGUGAACCAGGGCCUAAGGGUUUUCCAGGCAUAAGUAUCCGUUCAGGCUUCCCGGACUUUGGAACUAUUGGAGAAAAGGGAGAAAAGGGAAUUCCCGGUUUGCCAGGACCUAGGGGUCCCAUGGGUUCAGAGGGAGUAGAAGGCCCUCCAGGGAAACAGGGCAAAAAGGGCUCCCCAGGGUUCCCCGGGCUUAAUGGACUUCCAGGAAUUAAGGGUGAAAAAGGUGGCACUGGCCUGCCAGGCCCAGACAUUUUCAUCGAUAUGGAUGGUGCUGUGAUCCCAGGUUAUCCUGGAGACCCCGGUGAGCCAGGCCUCCCAGGCCUUAAAGGAGAUGAAGGCAUCCCAGGCCUGCAUGGCCCUUCUGGGGUUCCUGGCUUCCCAGCUUUACCAGGUGUUCCAGGUGAACUAGGACCUCAGGGAUUUCCAGGCCUGAAGGGGGACCAGGGAAACCCAGGCCGUACCACAAAUGGAGCAGCUGGCCUCCCUGGCAGAGAUGGUUUGCCAGGCCCGCCAGGUCCACCAGGCCCAUCAGGCCCACCUGUACUUGAGACUGGAACCCUACGCAACACAGAGCCAGGGUUCCCCGGUCUCCGAGGAGAACGAGGUCCACAAGGAAAUCCAGGCCUCAAAGGUGUAAAAGGGGACUAUGGUUUUUGUGCUUGUGAUGGUGGUGUCCCCAACACUGGACCACCUGGGGAACCAGGCCUGCCUGGGCCACAAGGUCUCAUGGGCCUUCCAGGCCUUAAAGGAACCAGAGGAGAUCCAGGAUCUGGGGGCACACAGGGCCCACCAGGGGCUCCAGGCUUAUUUGGGCCUCUAGGUCUUGCGGGCCUCAAAGGAGAGAAGGGGCAGCCAACUCUCAGUACAGGAUCAGGGAUGCCAGGAGAACAGGGUAAUCCUGGCCCCCAGGGGUUUCCUGGUGUGACAGGAGCCGCAGGCAAGGAUGGAGUACCAGGUUUACCAGGUCUGCCAGGCCUUCCAGGUGAUGGUGGACAGGGAUUCCCAGGUGAAAAGGGGUUACCAGGACUUCCUGGUGAAAAAGGCCAUCAUGGUCCAACUGGCCCCCCAGGAGUUGGGCUGCCAGGGCCUCCUGGACCUCGUGGGCUUCCUGGAGAUAAAGGAAUAGAUGGAUUACCAGGACAACAAGGCCUUCCUGGGCUUCCAGGUGACUGCUGCUGCAGGGAGGUUGGUAAAGGAGACUUAGAGACAGAGGGAGGAAUCACCUUGCCUUGUAUUAUUCCUGGGUCAUACGGUCCACCAGGAUUGCGAGGAACUUCUGGAUUCCCAGGCCCUAAAGGCGCCCGUGGCCUCCCUGGGACUCCAGGCCAGCCCGGAUCACGUGGAAAUAAGGGGGAACCCGGAAGUCCAGGAUUGGUUCGCCUCCCUGAAUUGCCAGGAUUUCCUGGACCUCGUGGGGAGAAGGGCUUGCCUGGGUUUCCUGGGCUCCCUGGAAAAGAUGGCUUACCCGGGAAGGUUGGAAGUCCAGGUUUACCAGGUUCCAAGGGAGGCCCUGGUGACAUCUUUGGUGCUGAAAAUGGUGUUCCGGGAGAGCAAGGCCUACAGGGAUUGCCAGGGGACAGAGGAUUUCCUGGAGACUCUGGCCUUCCGGGACCUGAGGGUUUGCCUGGGAAGUCUGGCUUGCUAGGCCCCAAAGGUGAGCGGGGCAGCCCUGGAACACCAGGACAUGUGGGACAAGCAGGCCCCUCAGGGUCUGGUGGUCUGUAUGGCAUCAAGGGCAAAUCCGGGCUCCCAGGAGCACCAGGCUUUCCAGGCAUUUCAGGACAUCCUGGAAAGAAAGGUCCAAGAGGCGAGCCAGGUCCCCCCGGAUCAACUGGAAAGAGAGGUCUGCCUGGGCUGAAAGGCCUUCCUGGAUCUCUGGGGCUAAUUGGCUUCCUGGGGAGCCCAGGCCUGCCAGGGGGCACUGGGUUGCCAGGCCUCCCAGGCCCGAAGGGUGAGAAGGGGUCCGUGGGACUGAUAGGUUUUCCAGGGAUGCCAGGUCUCCCUGGUAUUCCUGGUGCAAGUGGACUGAAGGGAAUUCCUGGGUCAGCUGGAAAAGUGGGGACACCUGGACUGGCUGGUAGUCCUGGUGAAAAAGGAGACAGAGGCCAUCAGGGGCCAGUCGGAAUACCCAGCCCAAGACCUCCAAUGCUGAACCUUUGGUUCAAAGGAGACAAAGGCUCUCAGGGAUCAGCCGGAUCAGAUGGAUUUCCUGGGCCCAGAGGUGACAAAGGAGAGGCUGGCCGCCCUGGGCCACCAGGCCUUCCUGGAGCUCCUGGCUCCCCCAGUACCAUCAAAGGACUUACUGGGAGGCCAGGCCUCCCUGGCUCUACAGGACCACGGGGCUUAUUUGGCCCGAAGGGAUCCCCUGGGAUCACAGGUUUCCCAGGAAUGCCAGGAGAAAGUGGUCCACAGGGUCUCAGUGGGACUCCCGGGAUCCCAGGAGCAUCUGGUCUCCCAGGCUCAAAAGGAGAUAAAGGCCAGACGAUUGAAAUUUCUGGCAGCCCAGGACCCAAGGGACAACCUGGGGAAUCUGGUAUGAAAGGUGCGAAAGGAAAACAUGGAGUAGUUGGUGAUGUUGGUUUACCGGGAAACAAAGGUGAAGAUGGAAAAGCUGGUAUUUCUGGAGAUGUUGGCCUCCCUGGAUCCUCAGGACUUCCAGGGAUUGCAGGUAUGAGAGGAGACCCAGGACUUUCAGGUCCCUCUGGUCUUCCAGGGGCAGCUGGGCCCCUGGGACCCUCUGGCCUAACAGGACCCAAAGGUUUCCCUGGACUUCCUGGUUUACAUGGCCUCAAUGGGCUUCCAGGCACCAAGGGCACCCAUGGCACUCCAGGACCCAGUAUAACCGGUGUGCCUGGGCCUGCUGGCCUGCCUGGUCCCAAAGGGGAAAAGGGUUCUCCAGGAGUUGGCAUCGGAAGUCCAGGGAAGCCAGGCCUGAGGGGACAGAAAGGUGGCCGAGGUUUCCCAGGCCUCCAAGGCCCUGCUGGUCUACCUGGUGCCCCAGGCAUCUCCUUGCCCUCACUCAUAGCGGGACAGCCUGGUGACCCUGGGCGACCAGGCCUAGAUGGAGAACGAGGCCGCCCAGGCCGCCAAGGGCCCCCAGGUCUCCCUGGGCCAUCCUCGGAUCAAGGUGACCCCGGAGAUCCUGGCUUUCCUGGAAUUUCAGGCCCUCAAGGGCCCAAGGGAGACCAAGGAAUUCCAGGUUUCUCUGGCCUCCAUGGAGAGCUAGGACUGAAAGGCAUGAGAGGUGAGCCUGGCUCCAUGGGAACUCCAGGCAAGGUUGGGCCACCUGGAGACCCAGGAUUUCCCGGGAUGAAGGGGAAGGCAGGGUCAAGAGGUUUUUCCGGUCCCCCAGGUGCUCCUGGAAAAACACCAAUUGCAGAAGCUGUCCAGGUUCCUCCUGGACCCAUGGGCCUACCAGGCAUUGAUGGCAUCCCCGGCCUCACAGGAGAGCCUGGGGUUCAAGGCCCCACAGGCCUACAAGGCCCCAAAGGUUUUCCUGGCGUUUCUGGCAAGGAUGGCCCCAGUGGGCUCCCAGGCCCGCCUGGCACUCUUGGUGAUCCUGGUCUCCCUGGACUGCAAGGCCCUCCAGGAUUUGAAGGGGCUCCGGGGCAGCAAGGGCCUUUUGGGAGGCCUGGAAUGCCUGGCCAGAGCGUGAGAGUGGGCUACACAUUGGUGAAGCACAGCCAGUCGGAACAGGUGCCCCUGUGUCCUGUUGGGAUGAGCCAGCUGUGGGUGGGAUACAGCUUGCUGUUCGUGGAGGGGCAGGAGAAAGCCCACAACCAGGACCUAGGGUUUGCUGGCUCCUGCCUGCCCCGCUUCAGCACCAUGCCCUUCAUCUACUGCAACAUCAAUGAAGUGUGCCACUAUGCCAGGCGGAACGAUAAAUCCUACUGGCUCUCCACCACCGCCCCCAUCCCCAUGAUGCCCGUCGGCCAGUCCCAGAUUCCCCAGUACAUCAGCCGCUGCUCUGUAUGUGAGGCGCCUUCGCAAGCCAUUGCUGUGCACAGCCAGGACAUCACCAUCCCGUCGUGUCCCUUGGGCUGGCGCAGCCUCUGGAUUGGGUACUCCUUCCUUAUGCACACUGCGGCCGGUGCCGAGGGCGGAGGCCAGUCCCUCGUCUCACCUGGCUCCUGCCUGGAGGACUUUCGGGCCACUCCUUUCAUCGAGUGCAGUGGUGCCCGGGGCACCUGCCACUACUUUGCCAACAAGUACAGUUUCUGGCUGACGACAGUGGAGGAGAGGCAGCAGUUUGGAGAGGAGCCUGUGUCUGAAACGCUGAAAGCUGGGCAGCUCCACACCCGGGUCAGCCGCUGCCAGGUGUGUAUGAAGAGCCUGUAG